AUUGUGAACUUUCUUCUUCUGUUCCCGCAGACAUCAACUCGGUGUAUCAGAUCUUCCCGGACGAGGUCCUGGGCUCGGGUCAGUUCGGCAUCGUGUACGGAGGUAAACACAGAAAGUCCGGCCGAGACGUCGCCAUCAAGAUCAUCGACAAACUCCGUUUCCCCACCAAGCAGGAGAGCCAGCUACGCAACGAGGUGGCCAUCCUGCAGAGUCUGCACCACCUGGGCGUCGUCAACCUGGACUGCAUGUUCGAGACCCCGGAGCGGGUGUUCGUGGUCAUGGAGAAGCUCCACGGAGACAUGCUGGAGAUGAUCCUCUCCAGUGAGAAGGGACGACUGCCCGAGAGGAUCACCAAGUUCAUGGUCGCCCAGAUCCUCGUGGCUCUGCGUCACCUCCACCUCAAAAACAUCGUCCACUGUGACCUGAAACCUGAAAACGUGCUGCUGGCUUCUGCAGACGCAUUUCCACAGGUAAAGCUCUGUGACUUUGGCUUCGCCCGGAUCAUCGGCGAGAAGUCAUUCCGGCGCUCGGUGGUGGGAACGCCGGCGUACCUCGCCCCCGAGGUCCUGAGGAACAAGGGCUACAACCGCUCUCUGGACAUGUGGUCGGUGGGCGUCAUCAUCUACGUCAGUCUCAGCGGAACGUUCCCGUUCAACGAGGACGAAGACAUCAACGAUCAGAUCCAGAACGCCGCCUUUAUGUACCCUCCUCAUCCCUGGAAGAAGGUCUCCCAGGAAGCGAUUGACCUGAUUAACAACCUGCUGCAGGUGAAGAUGAGGAAGAGGUACAGCGUGGACAAGACCCUCAGUCACCCCUGGUUACAGGACUACCAGAUGUGGCUGGACCUGAGGAACCUGGAGUCCCGGAUGAACGAGCGCUACAUCACCCACGAGAGCGACGACCUGCGCUGGCAUCACCACGCCCAGCUCAGCGGCCUCGACUACCCCGCCCACCUGGCCAACGGGCCCCGCGGCGCCGGCGGGCCGCUGUUGGAGCGUUACCAGGAGCGUGAGGAGGAGCUGGAGACCCUCAGCGAGAGGGUCAGUGAACUGUGAGGACGGAGCUCCCGACACCAAAGGAGAAGCAGCGGCUGUCAGAAGGAAGAAAGAAAAAAGCACAAAUCAGAUGGAAGAAGGAGACGAUUGAAAAAGACCAAACGUAAUGAUGUAACAAUAAAUCUCAGAUUCAAAUACGUUAUUAGUAAGAUAUUAAGGAAGCACAUGGCUUUCACUACAAGACUAAAUAUCCCACUUCAGAUAUUAUUAUUAUUAUUAUGAGAGAUCUCUGCAGCCGUUUUCUACUCAAUGAAAUUAAGAUCAUUCUUUUUUUAAUCUCGCAGUAGAGAUUCUUGAAAGGAUUUAUUUUGUCAUCAUGUACCUGUUGCCUGGUAACAAGGUGAUGAUUUAUUUAAGAUCCCUGUUGAUUAUCGGUAACAGUAGUGAUUUCAUCCCGUCCUCUUUUCAGCGCAGACAUCUCUUCAUGUCACUUCUAGAGGAGGAAUGUUAUUUAGCUUUCAACAGAUUCUUCCUCUGGGAUCCCAAAGUGGGGAUUUCUUUAUAUUUUAUGUCUUUAUUCGGAGAUCCUUCUUUCGUUGACGUUUUGUGAUUAUUUUCUUGUGGUCGUUAGAUCAGUUUUGGGAUAAAAAUCAAGUUGUGUUGACUAUUAUAAAAGAAGAAACUUGACACGUGGUCCCUGUUUAAUACAGUCGAAUAAGACAAAUGAUCGUACCCGUUCAUUGGGUUGGAAAUGAUGGAGAUCGCAACGCACAAAACUAGAAGAUCUCUGUAUAACAAAACAAUCUGUGGUUUUAUGAUGAGUGAAAUCAUCGAUCUGUGAACUGAGAGUCAUAGUACCUAUUCGCUCUUUGGGGAAUGGAAAGCACAGUUUACAUCAUUUGGGGAGAAACUAAAAGCAGCACUUUUUGGGUCAGACGAUCAGAAACAGACGCAGCUUUUAUCAACGCAGAAAACACGAAGGUUUCCACCGAGUAUUUUCCUCUUAAUGACCUCUAUACAUGCAGGAUGAUCCCCAUCAGACCAAGAAGCAGAACCAAAUCAACGGGUAGAAAGACGCCAAUGACACAUUUCACCAGAUGUCGGCUGCUGGUUCAUUUCAUGAUUGUUUCCUCAGAUUCUAAACUUCAUUCAGAUGAAGAUAAACGAUGAAGAACCUCAAUGAAAAGCUCCUGCUGGGUUUGACCUGAUCACAACCCAUUGAAUGUUAUUAAGAGUCACAGCUGAAUUCACAGAAAGCAUGAAAGCGUCGUCAGUGUUGGUGUGAUGUAACUAUUUAAAGCUAUGAAUGUCUUCUCUUUGGAGAAAUCAAACGCCUCUGAAGAACGCUGAGGAUGCAGACCAGAGGGGGGCGUUCCAAACGGAAACCCACCCAAAAUCCUCAACAUGCACCAAUACCACAAAACUACCAGGUUGAACGCUUCUAAAUAUAUUUAGUCUUGUUUAGGUUCAUGUUUUCACUUUUCAGGUGUGAGUCCAGUGUGGACGUAGACAAUAAAAACAAAGAUGGACUAACAGGGAGAGAAAAGCCAUGUAAACAGUGAGAACCGCGCUCUUCGCCCCGUUGGUCCAAUGUCGCCAUGGCAGUGAGACGUGUGCGCUUCACGAAGGGUUCUGUGGCGUCCACGCGCCGACAACUGAGGGCAUUUCAACUUGUGCUCCUCAUGAAACAAGACGUCCGCCGCAAAGCGCUUGAUACUUUGGCACUCGAGCAUUCAGACGGACAUUUUUUCCUCCUGCAGCCUUUUUCCCAGCGAGCGCGCGGUGGGCGGCGCGGCGAUCAGCGCUAAUCCCCCAGUCGACAGUUUACCGCCGUACGGUUGAGAAAAGGCCCCCCGGGGAGACGCCUGUUUACCGAUAAGCAGGACGGCGUCUCCAAGUCCCAAAGGAGAGCAACUUGUAUCAGGGUUGUUACGCUGUUGUUACCCUGUUAUUACCCUGUUAUUACACAGCUAACCAGUAAGGGCUGUUCCUCUGAAGCCUCUGUGGCCUUGUCUUCUAAAUUGUAUAUUCAUCAUACUCGUCACCAAACGGCAUGCGCUACUCUGAGACUGCUUAGUGUCCUACAUGAAUGCAUAUUCAUUCAUACAGAUCCAGAGAUAUCUUUAAAUAUAAAGAGCCACACGCAAAGAAAAUGAGAAUAUUCCACAUUUUAUUUUACUUUAGUCGUAUGUUGAAAUACUGCAUAUAUCAGAGUGAAUAACUAAAAGGCUGCUCCUAUGGGAUUGUGUACCUGUAGAUAUACACUUGCCUUUAAAGAACCAUUCUUUGCUGCCCCCCCACAAGCCUCCGACCUUGUGCUAAGCUAAGCUAACCAUACUGCUCUAUGAAAGCCAUCACGUUUACACACCCAGCCUAAUUGUUCCUCCACAGAUUGCACAAAGUAAGAUUACUUCCUCAGCACUUCUAUUUGAGUGGAGAUCACCUGUUCUGAGGAGUUGAAUCCCACCUUUAGUGGACAUCUGGUUUUCUUUUAAUGAGGACCGUGGCCCGGCCACCCGCCCUGUGGGUGAAAGGUCACAGGUCUGAUGCUGCCAGCGGGGAGACGCGUCUCAGCUCAGCGUCCUCUGAGUCCACUUCAGUGGCUUCACUCCUCCUGCUUCUCUGGAUCAUGUUUCAAUAAAGAUAUUUUAAAAUCUA